AUGUCAGAACUCGUGAAGGACGCCAGGCUACCUACCAAGCUCGACCCCGAACAUACCAUCCACACGUUUCUGGAAUCCAGUCACGUUUCAGGCCGUCGUGCACGUCGUCGAGAACGAGAGGAGAUAUGGCAAAAAAAGAGAUACCUGGGUAUUGGCGUGUUUGGGACCGUCUCGUUGGAGGAGUGCGUGUCCGAUAGCGGGAGUAGGCUGCGGGCUGUCAGGGAAGUGCGCAGAAUCACGCAGGACGCAACACCUAUCGACUUCAACCGAGAGCUAGAAGCAAUUGCCAAGCUUUCUCAGCAAAAGUACGAUGGCUGCUUCGUCAAAUCGUCUGGAUGGUUCGAAAGCUCAGAAUCGCUUUACAUUUCGAUGGAAUACAUUCCGGCUGGGGACCUUCAAAGAUACAUUGCGCAGCCAUUCCCUGAGCGAGAAGCUCAGCACAUCACACUGCAGUUGCUGGAGGGUCUUGAUUUUAUGCAUAGCAAUGGAUUCCACCACGGUGAUCUUCAACCCAAGAAUAUCUUUGUCCUUUCUCCCGGGCCAGAAUGGUGGGUCAAGAUUGGUGACUUUGGAAUCGCCAAGCGGGUCAUGAAAGGAUUGACGGGACGACAAUCAUUUAAUGGGACACCAGCUUUCAGUGCACCAGAGCUUUACGAGCAUAUUUGGGCGCCUUACGAAUCAAAGCAACUGGACAAUACGGAAUUCUGUCCUGCGGUCGACCUCUGGUCAAUUGGGGUCAUCAGCUACUACUUCUUCACAGGACAACUGCCAUUUUCCCGGCAAAGUGAUCUCCUCGGUUACUACAGGGGUGAAAAAGAACUACCAUUGACCUUCCUAGUACAAGUUCAUGCAAGUCCAGAAGCAUUAGAAUUUUUGAAGGCUGUUCUUGCACGAAAUCCGUCCGAUCGUUUACCUGCGCGAGACGCUUUGGACCAUGCUUGGCUAAUGCCUUUGCAACAAGACUCGGAGGCAGAAGACCAAACUGAACUGUCGAAUCCAGUCGAAGCAAAUCAUACAUUUCAAAUGAUCCCAAGUCCAUUACACGUUCAAAAACCCGAGAUUUUCCAGACUUCGCAAGAUGUCUUGGUCCCGGGAACGAUUGAUUUGACGGCUUCGCAACAACAAAAGAAACCUUCUGAAGACAAACCCCCACAAUUACCAAUACCACUCUCACAAUGCCUUGGAUUUGAUGGCGACACGUACAAACAAAUAGUCAAUAAUCACGUCUCUGGCGCAAGCCCAUCCAUCAACGAGCAUCCCGAUUUGCGGAAUGAAGCCUCUACCACACAAUCACACACCAGCGAGUCUCAGCACAGCGAGACUCAUCGUUCAGAAUACACCCGACAGCUCUCCUCGGCCGCCACAACAUAUUUGCCUACGGACACUCUACAGGGAUAUACACGGCGAAGAUCUGACGCGGCACCGAUACCAAUCACAGAUUUGAAUCACCGGACAGCCGAUUCGAACGGCCAUCGGGUCGCGAAACCGGAGAGUACCCAUUCCAGUAUCAAAAGCCACGAUCGCCUGUCAAAAAGAAUUCGCCGGGCUUCGAAAGACAUCGUACCAAAACGUCGCCGCUCACAAGAUUCAACAUCCCCGAAGGAGACUGAAAGUCCGAUGUCGCCGAAGUCACCAAACAGCACUACUUCUGGAAGUAAAAAGACAAAGUCUCAUAUUGUGGAAAUUCCCGGUCGUCCGCAAUUCGCUGAAGGGCUGCCCAUGUUUCCCAUGCGGUCCAAGAAGGCUUAA